CAUAUUUCAGUUCUCAAAUCUUAAUCUCAGGCUCGGCAAGAACAAAUUAGUGGGGAACAAGAAGUGGAGUACAGGGCCCAGUGGUUUUUGGUGGACUGGUAAGCUUUCUCUUCUCAAUCUUUUCUGAUUGGAUAGGUUGUCUGAGAAGAUGGCGGAGGAGAGGUCUACAAUCGCAAAAGAUGUUACUGAAUUGAUAGGGAAUACUCCGUUAGUAUAUCUCAACAACAUCGUGGAUGACUGCGUGGCCCGUAUUGCUGCCAAGCUAGAGAUGAUGGAGCCUUGCUCUAGUGUUAAGGACAGGAUUGGGUAUAGUAUGAUCUCUGAUGCAGAGGAAAAGGGCCUCAUUACACCAGGGCAGAGUGUCCUCAUUGAGCCAACUAGUGGUAACACUGGCAUUGGGUUGGCCUUCAUGGCGGCAGCUAAGGGUUAUAGGCUUAUCAUUACAAUGCCUGCUUCGAUGAGUCUUGAGAGGAGGAUCAUUCUCCGAGCUUUUGGAGCUGAAUUGGUCCUCACUGAUCCAGCUAGGGGCAUGAAGGGGGCUGUUCAGAAGGCAGAGGAGAUUUUGGCAAAGACACCCAAUGCUUAUUUGUUACAGCAGUUUGAAAACCCUUCCAAUCCCAAGAUUCAUUAUGAAACCACUGGACCAGAGAUCUGGAAAGGUUCAGGUGAGAAAGUCGAUGCCUUUGUUUCUGGUGUUGGUACAGGUGGUACAAUAACUGGUGCGGGGAAAUUUCUCAAAGAUCAAAACCCUAAUAUCAAGCUAUACGCUGUGGAACCAACUGAAAGUGCAGUUCUUUCUGGGGGAAAGCCUGGCCCACACAAGAUCCAGGGUAUUGGAGCUGGUUUUAUUCCUGGUGUAUUGGAAGUUGAUCUCAUUGAUGAAGUUAUUCAAAUAUCAAGCGAGGAAGCUAUUGAAACUGCAAAGCAGCUUGCAUUGAAAGAAGGUUUGCUGGUUGGGAUAUCAUCUGGUGCUGCUGCGGCUGCUGCAAUUAGGAUUGCAAAAAGACCAGAAAAUGCUGGAAAACUCAUUGUGGUGGUGUUCCCCAGCUUUGGCGAGCGUUAUCUGUCCUCUGUGCUGUUUGAGUCUGUAAGACGUGAGGCAGAGAACAUGAUUUUCGAGCCUUGAGAUGUAUCUGAGGAUUUUAGUUUUAUCUGCUUGCUGGAUCUGAAAUGGGAAGAAA